AUGAAGACUAGAGAAACAAAACCAGUGAUCUUUCUCUUUACUUUCCCUUUACAAGGUCACUUAAACCCAAAUUUUCAGCUAGCCAACAUCUUGUUCAACAGAGGCUUCUCCAUCACUGUGAUCCACACUGAGUUUAACUCUCCAAACACUUCCGAUUUCCCUCACUUCACUUUCGUUUCCAUACCCGACGGCUUGUCUGAAUCCGAAGCCAACUAUACCGAUGUCAUCGACCUUCUCCAUGUCCUCAAUUCCAAGUGUGUUGCUCCUUUUGGUGAUUGCUUAAAAAGGCUUUUGUCUGAAGAACCAACUUCUGCUUGUGUGAUUGUUGAUGCUCUUUGGUACUUCACAUACGAUUUAACCGAGAAAUUCGGUAUCCCGAGGAUCAUUAACCGGACGGUUAACCUCUCAGCUUUCGUCGCUUUCUCAAAGUUUCAUGUUUUACGAGAGAAAGGGUAUCUUUCUCUACAAGAGUCUCACGCAGACUCACCGGUUCCUGAGCUUCCGUGUCUUAGAAUGAAAGAUCUUCCAUGGUUCCAGACAGAAGAUCCAAGAUCAGGAGAUAAACUACAGAGAGGUGUGAUGAAGUCACUGAAGUCAUCCUCAGGGAUCGUAUUCAACGUAAUCGAAGAUCUUGAAACAGAGCAGCUUAAAGAAUCCCUCAAAGCAUUCCCGGUUCCAAUGUUCUGUAUCGGACCCUUUCACAGGCGCGUUGCAGCUUCAUCGAAUAGCUUACUUACACAAGACAUGACCUGUCUCUCCUGGCUAGACAAGCAAGAACCAAGAUCCGUAAUCUACGCAAGUCUUGGAAGCAUUGCCUCCAUCGACGAAUCUGAGUUCUUGGAGAUUGCUUGGGGUCUAAGAAACAGCGAGCAGCCUUUUCUAUGGGUGGUAAGACCAGGUUCCAUCAAAGGCACAGAGUGGAUUGAGAUUCUACCUAAAGGGUUCAUCGAGAGCCUCGAGGGUAAAGGUAAAAUCGUGAAAUGGGCACCUCAGAUUGAGGUUUUAGCUCACAGAGCAACAGGUGGUUUCUUGACACACUGUGGAUGGAACUCGACGAUUGAGAGCAUAUGUGAAGCUGUACCGAUGAUAUGCAAACCUUCUUUUGGAGACCAAAGGGUCAAUGCUAGAUACAUCAGCGAUGUUUGGAAGAUCGGUCUGCAUUUGGAGAACAAGACUGAGAGGCUGGUGAUCGAAAACGCUGUUAGAACGCUGUUGACUAGCUCACAAGGAGAAGAGAUCCGCAAGAGGAUCAUGCCGAUGAAGGAAACUGCUGAAAAAUGCCUUAAGCUUGGAGGUUCUUCAUAUCGGAAUCUCGAAAGCUUGAUUGCUUACAUAUUAUCUUUCUAA